AUGGCUUCGGAAAUCACAAUUGACAAUACCAGGCCGGCUGAUUUGAUAGCCAGACUACAGGACCUCGCUCCUCGGCUCGAGAAUGAAGAUGACUAUGACGCGAAGAAGGAAGCUCUGCAGAUAACCAAAGCACUCACGGCUCAGUUGGAGCAGCCAGGGAAUGUAGCGGUGGAUAUGAUAUUCUCCCCUAUGAUUGCUGUCACCGCGCGGACUGCGAUCGAUUUGAAUCUCUACGAACAUAUCCUUCUAGAAGGGCCUGUUACGUCCGCGCGAUUAGCGGUCCUGUCUGGUGCCGACGAGCUUCUGAUAAUACGGAUCCUGCGCGUCCUAUCAGCCGUGCACUUCGUUGAAGAAGCUGCUCCCCGAACAUGGAAAGCCACGCGUAUCACCGCCGCCAUGGCAGUGAAGGAAAUCGCCGCUGGCCAUCGCAUGGUCUCCCAAAUGAUCCUCCCCGCCGUACAAACUGCCCCAGCAUUCUUCGCCGAACAGGGCUAUUCCUGCCCAACCGAUCCCCGAGACGGACUCCUGCAAGUUGCCCACAACGCCAAAGGAUCCACCGUCUUCGAGUACAUGGCCUCCCGCCCGUCCCUGCUGCGGGACUUUAACCUGUUCAUGGGCAACACGAUGGGCGCCCGGAAGUACUGGGUUGAUUGGUACCCUGUGCAGACUCGGAUUCUGGACGGGGCAGACCCCAGCGGGGCGUUGAUUGUGGAUGUCGGCGCUGGAAAGGGCCACGAUUUGGUGGCGUUUGAUGAGAAGUUCCCUGGUGCAGGUCGUCUGGUGUUGGAGGAUUUAGCGGCUGUUGUGGAGGGACUGGGGGUUGAGGACUUGGAUGAGAAGAUUGAGAGGGUUGCGUAUGACUUUUUUACAGAGCAGCCUGUUAAAGGUGCAAGGGUCUACUUCUACCACCAUAUCCUCCACGACUGGUCCGAUGAAUACUGUCUCAAGAUCCUCGAGAACGUCACAGCGGUCAUGACGCCAGGGUAUUCGAAACUUCUGGUGCAUGAGAUGAUUGUUCCCGAGCAGGGGGCGUCUCUGUUUGAGGGGCUUUUGGAUAUGACCGUCAUGGCUUUUAAUGCAGGAAUGGAACGGACCAAACAACAGUGGCGUGUGCUGCUUGAGGCAGCUGGACUUCAGGUGGUUUCGUUCUGGGAUUCAAUCGAUGAAGGCGGGGACGGGAUCAUCGAGGCAAUGAAGGUUUGAGUAUGAC